AUGUAUAUAUGGACACGAAAUCCAUUACCGGACACGACUAGUGACCAGUUUCUUAAACAUAUACUACACGCCCACAAUGUCUACCGUUCCCGACACCAGAAUACCGAACCACUAGUAUUGGACCAAACGGUGAUAGCCUAUGCCCGGAGCCGAUGCCAAACUAUAUCCCAGUACAAUGGCCUAAGCUAUGGUCACCAGGGCUUACAGGUUGGCGUCUAUGGCGAGAACCUGUAUUGGAAAGGUGGUGGUGGUGGGGGUGGGGGUAACAGUGCUGCUAAUAGUAACGAAGCUGUUAAUUCAUGGUAUGAUGAAAUAAAAUUUUAUAACUGGGCUAAUCCGGGUUUCAGUAUGCAAACGGGACACUUUACCCAAUUGGUUUGGGUAGGUACCAGYAAAUUGGGCUGUGCCCAGUGCUCCAGUAGUACGGAACAGUAUAUAGUAUGCAACUAUCAAAUACCUGGYAAUAUGAUGGGACAGUUUCCCGAUAAUGUCAGRCCACAAUCAGAAUCAGCCACUAAUGAGACGACAUUACUGGAUACAACCACAACAACAACCAGGAUCUCACAGUUUUUCACAAACACUUGGUCAUCGUUGAGGAACCGCUGGUUAAGUAGUAGCUCAUGGAGUCUGCCAUCUAUUAUACCGCAAUCCUUGGCCGACAUUCAGGCAAAUGUUAAACAACUGAGGUAUCAGUUGACCAACGCAUCCGCCGCCGAUACCGUAUCAGCACUGAUGACUCAGUUGUUGUCAAUGACCGGACAACUAAACCAAUUGCUACGGCAAAGAGCCGAUAGUGACCAGUUAGUGGUCAGUCGUUUGUACGCCGAUUUGAUUGGCAAUACCCGAAACGGUACCAAUGAAACAACUGCCGAGCAAUUGCGCAAUGCAUUUACCGAAGCCACCAAAACAAUGGCCGAAAACUAUUCGGGUUUAGCCAACAAUUCCUUACAGAUGGCCUCAGAUUUGACCGACAAAACUAACCGAUUGUUUCGCAAAGCAAUGUCAAGAGCCGGCAAUGAUACCAAUCAGGCAGUUGUUGCGGUAAACACAGCUAUCGAUGCCAUAAUCCGUAAUCAGACACUCGUACUACCGGUCAGUGGACAACAAAUUGUUGCCUCGUUGGCCAUAAGUGCUCAACGAUUGUCCCAAUUGUUACGCGGACUCUACAACAACAACAGUACAGACAGUAGUGAAAUCGGUGUUCAGUUUCGGGAAACGGCCAGACAAUCGCUGGAAACAUUGGCGGCCAAUAUGAAUGAAUUGGGAUCAAAGCUACAGGUAUUGGACACCAAAACAGGGGACAGUUAUGUAGUCAACAGUGAUGACAAUACUGAGGACAAUGAGAUCGAUGUAAUCUCCAGUGCAGGCAAACGGUUGACCAAAGAGUCGGAAGAGCUAAUGAAACAGAUUUAUGAACUCAGAAAUAGAUAG